AUGGAAAACACCAAUGGAACUGGACAACCCGUUGAAGACGAUGAAGCUGCCGAGAUGCAAGUGUACAAGUUCUAUGCAGCUGCAAUAAUUGUGAUUUUUAUCUUGGCUUUGCCUCUGAAUGCAUCCGUCAUCCACCUCUUUAUUUUCAAGCUCAAGUUUUGGAAAUCCAGCACAAAUAAUAUCUUCCUCUUCAACCUGGUUUUGGCUGACAUCCUCCUGCUGAUCUGCUUGCCCAUAAAGGCCUAUACCUUCAUCCAGGGAGUUAGAAAUAAUAACAAUGACACUGUCUGCAAAGCCAUGCUUUUCAUGUUGUUUUUAAACCGUGGCGCUAGCAUCGCCUUCCUAACAGCGACUUCCAUCCAUCGGUAUUUUCAUGUGGUGCACCCUGGUCGAAAAAGUGUCCUAAAAGCGCUUAAGAAAUCUCCACAGAUCUCUGUCCUCAUCUGGGUGCUGCUUCUGCCUCUCACCAUCCCCACCAUGCUCAAAAACUUUGACUGCUCUUACAGCCUCAUUAAAGAAAAUGCUACCGUGAUCAAGGAUGUGGUGGAUGGCAUCAGAGAGACUGUGAUCUUUACUCAGAUCCUGAUCCCGUUUGUCAUCCUGCUCUACUGCACUGUGGGCAUCGUCAACCAACUCAGGAAAAAAACAGUCGGGGAUAGGACCAAGCUGAAGAGAGCCGUAUUUCUGGUCACUGCUGUCAUGGUGCUCUUUUCAUUCUGUUUCCUCCCCUGCACCAUAGCCAGGAUGGUUCUGCUUAUCAUUCGGGUCAAAGAUAUGUCUGAUUCCAUCGAGCACAAAGCUGUAGUGGCCUUUGACGGCCUCAUGGUCCUCUCCUACAUAGACUGUCUGCUCGACCCACUUGUCUACUGCUUCUCUAGCACCAAGUUCAAAGCACUUUAUCUAUCCAAUUACUUCCCAUUUUUAGUAAAUGAAACUCCACAGGUAGUGGCCUCCAGCUCACACUGGAGCAUCUCGCAACCGAGAGUGACGUGGCAGGAAAAAGGAUCAGCACCUCCAAGUCUGAGGUCACAGUCCUCACCCGGUCAAGUGCCCACUCCGGCUUAG